GGUAUCUCUAACGACCGUGCGCUUACACUUAUCAGUAACAAUGGGGCAGUCGAAAUUCAAACCUAGACAGACGAUGUCCAGAAUUAACAAACCAGCACCAAUUAAACAUUCUGGAGAUAAUAAUUUGCCUCCUGUAGACCAUCGUCGUAGUGGCCUAAGCCGCCCAACGACAAAGAAUGUACUCCUUCGCAAUCAACUAGCGCCAAAAAAAACCUUGGCCAUUCAUAAGACACUUAAGACACAUGUUGAAAACAUUAAAGCAAUUUACGAAGCUAGCGUCGAAGUCGACGACCCAGAAAUCUUAAAAUGUUUUAACUUCUCAAAGGAAACUACAAAAAUCCUUUUAUUGUUCGGCGAUGGUCGCUUAGAUGCGUUGAUGGAAAGAUUGGCCCAUGGAGACAACCUCAAUCACGACAACAACACCACUAACGCAGACGAGGAGGACUAUAUCACUGAUGAUGAUGAAUGUUACAGCGAUGAUGCUGAUUAACUCAUUCCAUUGGUGUACCGCUUAAUGUUCGCAUUGCAUUUACUUGAAGUUCGGCAAGAGCCUCAACUUUCCUAUUAGCUAAAUUUACUAUUCCAGCAUUUUCUAGAGCUAUGCAGAUACCAGUCCUUACUCAGCAUAUGGUCUAAUUUUACUUUCGUUAUUACAGAACACGUAAUAUGGUGAAACAUAAACCCAAAUCUGAAUCGAACUGUGACGUAUUGGUGAAACAACUCAAUUGAUUGCUAUGGAAAAGAAAUGCGCAAUCGCACUAGCAGUCCCGUACAAGUUCUCAUGGUUGAAUCGUGUGAAAAGACUUUAAAUUCUUAUUGGAGUCUGCAAACAUGUAAUACUGUUUCACAAAGCAUAAAUUACUUUUU